AUGGAUACAUUUGAAGAAUAUAAUCUUUGUUCUCUUUGUCUUUCGACAACAUCUAAUUAUCUUCUUGAUUGUGAUCAUUGUCAAUUACAAUUUUGCUAUGAAUGUCUAGUGGAACAUCAUCAUAUCAAGAUUUAUAAUCGUCUACGCAAACAAAUUCAAGAUAUCGACGCUAUUAUAGCUCGAUUUAUUGGUUAUGCACACAAUCAAACCGAAUGGGUUGAUCAUUUAACACGUGAUCGGCUUGAUUUACAGAUUUUUCUACGUUAUAUUCAAGAAACACCAUCACACGUUACCGUGAAUUAUUUGCCAACAGAAUUCUGGUUAGAACAUGUUGAUGAUCUAAUAGAAAAAGAUCGUUUUGCUAUUGAUGACAAUUGUUUUUGGUUACUUAAUGAAUCGAAAAGUUUAACAUCAAUAGCAAAAAAGUUGAAAAAAAGCAAUAAGAAAAGUGGUUGA